CAUAGUUAUGUUUCGAAAAUAAACAAUCAACAAAUGAGUCGACUCGUUUUUUAACCCUACUGCUCGAGUCAUAGAAGAAGCGUAGAAGAAGAACAUCCGCUCGAACCGGAAGUGGUGCCUGAGUGGAAGUCGAGCACGCCGAGUUACUUCGAACGGGAAGAGUUGUAAUCAUCAUGGCUGAAGAUGAGGGAUUUGUGGUGAGAGUUCGCGGGCUGCCCUGGUCCUGUUCCGUGGAUGAAGUGGGCAGAUUCUUUUCAGAUUGCAAAGUCGCAAAUAAUGGGACGAGCAUCCACUUCACCUACACCCGAGAAGGCAGACCAAGUGGAGAGGCGUUUGUGGAGCUGGAGUCAGAGGACGACCUGAAGAUUGCUCUCAAAAAAGACAGAGAAACAAUGGGACACAGAUAUGUAGAAGUAUUUAAAUCCAAUAACGUGGAGAUGGACUGGGUUCUUAAGCACACUGGUCCAAACGGUCCAGAGAUGGAAGGAGACGGACUGGUGCGACUGCGUGGCCUGCCUUUUGGCUGCAGCAAGGAGGAGAUUGUACAAUUCUUCUCAGGGUUGGAAAUCGUGCCAAAUGGGAUAACAUUGCCGGUGGACUACAUGUGGAGGAGUACGGGGGAGGCCUUCGUGCAGUUUGCUUCACAGGAAAUAGCUGAAAAGGCUCUAAAGAAACACAAGGAAAGAAUAGGGCACAGGUACAUUGAGAUCUUCAAGAGCAGCCGUGCUGAAGUGCGCACUCAUUACGAGCCUCCUCGCAAAGGCAUGAGCAUGCAGAGACCUGGCCCGUACGACAGGCCCAGUGGGGGCGGCCGUGGCUAUAACAGCAUGAGCAGAGGAGGUUCCUUCGACAGGUCACGACGUGGAGGAUAUGGAGGAGGAAUGUCAGAAGGACACUACAGAGAUAGCGGUUCUAACUUCUCAAGCACCACUGGCCACUGCGUGCACAUGAGAGGGCUGCCGUACCGGUCCACAGAAAAUGACAUCUACACCUUUUUCUCGCCCUUGAACCCCGUGCGCGUACACAUCGAGGUGGGUCCUGAUGGCCGCGUGACCGGAGAAGCCGACGUGGAAUUCGCCACACACGAGGACGCUGUGGCCGCCAUGUCUAAGGAUAAGGCCAAUAUGCAGCAUCGUUAUGUUGAGCUUUUCUUAAACUCGACAGAAAGGGGCAGUAAUGGAGGAUAUGGCGGCCACAUGGGAGGAAUAGGUAAUCAGUCUUCUUAUGGUCAUGGUGGUCAGAAUAUGGGAGGUGGCUAUGGAGGAGGCUAUAAUAACCAGUCAAGUAUGGGGGGAUACAAUGAUUAUGGUAACCAGAACAGCAGUUAUUACGGUGGCAGCCGUGGCUCCAUGGGCAUGAAUGGUGGCAUGAGCAUGAGCGGAGGCUGGGGCAUGUGAGAGCUUUCAUUUCACAGCCACCAAGGGCAAAAAUAAACAUUUUGGGGAAUAGAAACGUGCCAGAAUGACUACAGAUUUUCUUUAAGAGGAGCGAGGAAUCGAUCGGACCAUUUCCUGUUUCUCUCUUUUGAGUGUUCGCACUGCGGUCAGUGUCUCAGUCCUUGUAUUAUGAAUCUGCCUAAACACUGUUAAAGCAAGGUUCAUGCCUUUAUCCUGACUGUGCUCUAAAUCUUGAGCCAAGUUUAUGCUUGUAAAUAUUCUCAUUCAUGUCUAGUACAGAGGCUGUCAAAAGCCUUCAAAAUCUCUGUUUUGAUGAAAGGUUUUUAUAAUGUGAAGGGUGUGAUUUUUCUUUUCUUUUUUUUAUAGCAAACUGGAAAAACCUCUUUUGGCCAAAUUUGAUAUAAAUCUAGAUCUAUUAAUUUUGAAUGGUCGUAGGCAUGCCUUUCUUUCCCAGAGUCUGUCACUGAUUUAUCAAAUAAACUUGUUUGUGGUUAUAA